GCGUGAUCGCUUAACUAGUUGUUCCUAUCAAGUUAAGCUCCAAUAUUGACACCAGAGGUCAAGGAUCCGGCUUCGAUUUCUUGUUUUUGGUCGCAAAGUGCGUAACAAGUUUCCCGAGAGAAGAUGCGUUGCACGACGCUGCUGCUUGUUAUGUUAGUGGGGACUACAACAAGUUGUCAAAUUCCAAAAAAUGGCAAACAACUCUGUGGAACAAACGGCGUAUCUUAUGCCAACAUGAAGGCCCUGCAGUGCUAUAAUAAGGCCAAUCGUGCUAAUAUGACCCGAAUAGCUUAUAGGGGACGCUGUCUUCGUCCCGAGAUUCCUCAAUGCAAUUUUUCUUCAACCGCGAAAAAUGUAUGCGGCAACGAUGGACUCACCUACCUCAAUUCCGCAAUGGUUGCCUGCAAAAACAAACUACAACCUAAAAAACAGGUGAAAAUCAUUGGUAAAGGUCCAUGCAAAAAAAAUAGUCGAAGGAGAAAGGGGCCAAAGAAUUUAAGUAAAAUAUCCAGUCGCAGAAUGAAAGCAGAGUGAACGCAAAUAUAGGAUAACAAGUGAUCUGCUUGCUUCAUUGGUCAUGUUAAGAAGAACCUUUCCUUGGGAAACAUAUUACUUUAUUUUAAGAGUACAAGUUUAUUUUGUGAAUUCUAUGGUCGAUAUCUGUUUAAAAUACACUACUUAGUACUGACGAA